UUAAUGCAAAUCGUUCUUUAAAACCUGCGACCGUCAAAGUUUUAAGUACAAAGGCGAAUGACGGAAAUGAUUUACAAGUUAAGUCCGUUGCCAGCCCGUCGAACCAAACCUACAAGAGAUCUCCUAAUGAAAACGUCACUAGAAAAUCUGAUUCUAAUACAACGUCAGAUUCAUCAACUACCACACCUGUUCAAAAGUGGAACAGAAGACAUUCGAAAAGUUCAAAGAAACAGUCUAAUGCUGAUGGACAAUUACUUUCCGCAAACAGUUCAUCAAAGCAUAAAGAUGCAUUAAUUCAUAAAGGCGAUAACAUUUUGACCAAUGAUUCAGGUGAAACAAACGUAAAAUCUGCCAUUGGGUCAUCUGUUACACCCACUCCAAUUCUUUCAAAAAAAUCUAAAAAAAAAGAUAAGAAUUCGGGCAUCCAGGCUCAGUUUCUGGAAAAUGACCUUUCACAAAACGACACGGAUUUAAUCGAGGAUCCGCAUAAUUUGAACAUUGAGGAUUUUCAAAAGAUUUCAAAUGAAAGUAAUGAAAAGGACAACCUCGCCACUAAUAAUUCAAACCGUCAUAAUAAAAUGCCAACGGACUUUAAAUUCGAUUUUGCAACGUCCACCUUUGCAUUAUCUCCCAAUGUCUCGAAAGGCACCAAUAAUGAUUCGAUUUCCACACAAAAUACUUCAGAGAAUCCAUCUAAUCCAAAAUCACCCUCCGAUUCAACAUUUGAAUUUUCAUCCUCUAAUAUAUUUUCCAAGGAUUUCAACUUCAACGCAUCAUCCAUUUUCAAUUUACAAACAUCAUUCUCAUCUGCUUCCCCCUUAUUUG